GGUGAUUAUAUCAAAACAAUUUGGCAGAGCGUAUCGUUUUUAUUUGUUAAAUACGAGAGUGUAAAUAUUCUAUUAGAAGAUGGCCCGAAAUACGAAGAAAAAAUUGGCGAUAUUCGCUGGAACAUCAAAAUGUUUAAUAUAUGCAGAAGCAAAGUACUGUGCCUCUGAAAUGCCUGGAGAAAUAAAAUAUUACGAGAAAAAAUGGAAAGAAAGAAGAAAAGAAAGAGAAGGGCAGGAAGAGGAGAAAAAGGAGGAUGAAGAGAAAAAAAGAAAGAUAAAAAUGAAGUGUCCUAGAACCGAAUAUUGUUGCGGUAUUGGUUGUUGCGUAUCACCUGGAUUACAUUUUCAUCAUUUAUGGUAUUAUUGGAUAUUGGUUAUAAUUAUGUUCCUGGUAUGUUCCGGUGGUGGAUGGUGGUAUCGAUAUUGGUUACAAGGAAGAUAUAGAGCAGCUGCAUCAGCUAUUCCAACUAGAGUUUCCAAUUCGCGAGCUCAAAAUUCUCUUCGGGGUGGAACGAUGUGUCAAGGGCAGAGAGCUCGUAUAACGUAUAAUUCAGCAAGGAAUACCGUUUUGUUGCAUCGUAUGUGGAAAGGCCCACAAAGGAAUGGAGCGAUACCCAGUUACACCAGCAACAACGCAACAACGUCGACUCAUUACCAGAACAUGAGCGUUAUGUUAAAUGAUGCAAAUUGUCCAUAUUAUCAAUUAUAUGGUCCACCUCCAAGCUACGAAACCGUGAUGGCUCAAACACGUGGUAAAGUAUCUAAUCCGGCUUCGCCAGAAUCAACGAAUGCCCGAUCAUCAAGCGUUGCGUCAAACGCAACGAAUUCAAAUGUAUCCCAAUGUUUCUCAUAUACGUGCAACCUCUCUACAGGAUUGAAUAACACUUUGGAUCAAAAUACGCAAUACUCGAAUGGUGAUACGAAUUCUCGGCAACUUGAACGCCGAGAAGGUAUCCCGUUUGUGCAUUUUCCUCAAUAUUGCUCGGUCACAGACGGAACAAUUAGGCAAAACGUAUGUCUUCCUUUCGUCUAUCGUGAACAACAAUUCGUUCCUAGAGAUACCUUUAGCCAUAUAUAUCAAACUAGUUCCAUGAAUUGUGUUCCAUAUCCGUUAGACAAAUCAAAUACCUCGAAUGCAAAUCAAAGUUAUCGAGUAACGAAUACCGAAAGGUAUACAAUGGUAGAAUGUACAGCAGGUAGUAGUAGAGAACAAGAAGUUUGGGAUGAUCGUUCAAUUUCUAAAGUGCACAAUAAUCAAAUAAAAAGAAAUGCGAAUGAAAGAAUGAAGGAAAAAAAUUUGGGAGAAGAAGAAGAACAUGAAUCGGCAAUAGGGACAAGUUUCUCUUCUCUCUUUAAAGUCGAAGGAAGUAGCUCGAAUGAUUCAAAGUCGAUCGAGAAUUGGUUGGAAAGUUUCGAUUCAGAGUUAACGAAUGAUCGUCGUAUUUAUGGCGGUUCUUUAAAAAUAACCGGCAAAUACGCCGAUAAAGAAAGAUUAGACAAAUAUUCCGUUCAAAGGGCUUUCUCGAAAAUUCUGCCCCAUUCUUGCGAUGGACUUAUUAAUACAGAGCCAGCGUCUAUCGAUAUGUCUCAUAACGUAAGUUCUUUAGAAGGAAGAGCUAACGUUAGUGCGAGUUCUUUUCAAUCAAAUCCAUCCAAUAAUGUGAUAUUAAAAUGUUUUGUUUCCGACAACGCGUCUUUGUCCGUGGAGAAUAUCCAAAAGUUUGAACAGUCUCUUUCUCGUCCCGUAAACACUAGUACAAAUUCUGAUCUUGAAAGUAAAUAUCGAUUAGACAGAUCUAAAUCAUUGGACUGAUCACUCAUGGAAUACUCGUGAAAUACUUACAUUUGCUAGCGUAUUACGCAUAUAGUGCUUAUUCUUGUACUCGUUAUUAAUUCAUACGUAUUUGAUCACGUUAUUACCUUGAAAUGGAUCGUUAACGCGCUAAUAUAUAUUAUGAAUCGCAGUAAAACAUUCAAUUCAUCAAUUCUUCUAUAAUCAAUCCAA